AUGGAAAGCCUUGUGAAGGAAGACAGAGGAGACAUGCAUCGCUCCUUGCUGUGCCAAGGCCCUGUUGAAAUCACCAGUGGCAACAAAAAGAAUAAAAGACAUCUAUCCUUAUUUAAUGAUGUCUUGGUUGUGUCUAGUAACUUGAAUAAGAAGAAGUUUAAGAUAAAAUGUAUCAUCCCACUUAAUUUCCUGUGGGUCAUGGAUGAUGUGGACCUUGUCAGGAGAAAUGAAAACUGUAGUUCAAAGACCCUUUUCCUGUUUUGGCCCACUGGAAAUUUUGUGGCCACCUUUCGUUCGAAAGAACAGAAAGAUCGGUGGUACUAUUUUCUCAAAAGAUGCGUUAAAGAAGCCAGAAAUGAUAUCAAGAAAAACUUCUCACUGGAGAUAUUCACUGAGGACAUUCUAAACUGUGACAGUCCUUUAUGUGUAUCAGCAACAACCAUUGAUACAGUGAAUGAUGUAAUUGAGAAGGUACUGCCAAUGAUAAGAAUGCCUAACAUUGAAAAUUACCAACUAUGGUUCUGUCCUGGCCAUGAGGAAGCUCCAAGAGCACUCCAAGGCUAUGAGUAUCUACAUGAUAUUAUGAUGACCAACCUUCAAAAAAACUUCAGUAGGUCAAACUCAAGAAUUUUCACUGCUUUCCCCCCCUUGCCUGGGCUGCUUAUGAAUGACCUAUACUCGGAUUCACAGGGAAAAUUCAUCUUAAAGCCCAUUGACUCAGCGAAAAUCCAGCAGCCAAAUGCAAUGGAAAGACAUGAUAAGAAACAACCUCAUAAAACAUCAUGUUUCCAUGGGAGCUCUGUGCCCCAACAAGACCAAGUGUGCACUGUCCCAAGAGUGGAUAAGAGUGGAAAACUCUUUGGAAAAGAGCUGAGUGCCAUUUGUCAAGCUGGCAAAAUGCCUACAGCAAUUCUGGACAUCCUGUCCCUCAUAAAUGAAAAAGGGCCCACGACAGAGGGAAUAUUUAACAUAUCUCCCAAUGGGCUAACAUGCAAAACUUUAAAGAAAAAGAUGGAUUCUGGGGAAGAGGUGGAUAUAAAGCAUCAAUCAGUACAUGUGGUUGCGUGGAUCCUAAAGGAGUUCCUGGGAUCUCUUAAAGGAAGUCUGCUGACUUCAGAACUUUAUGAAGAGUGGCUUGCUGUGCCUCAAAUGGUCAACAACAAACAAAAAUUAACCGCACUGCAGAGUCUUUUAGAAAAACUGCCACAACUGAAUGCUGCCCUUUUGAGACAAGUUUUUAGAAUAUUGCAUAAAAUUGCAGGAAAUUCUAGUGUAAACCAUAUGUCAUCUUACCAUCUAUCAAUUGCAAUAGCCCCAUACAUCUUAUGCCUUCCUAGAUACCACAAUGAAGUUCUGGAAAAUGAUAUUGCCAAAAAGAUUUCUCUCAUAUCAUUUAUGAUCGAAAAUUCACCCAAAAUUUUUGGAGUUGACUUAGUUUUAUUGUGGUACGAAACGUCACUUUUUAGUCCACAUGGGGCAGGAGCUUCAUGUACUGAGAACACGCCAUCAAACAUCACAAACAGGAAGGAACCAAAACCUGGGCUCGGCAACUGCCCUAGUGGUACAACGUAUACUCCUGGCCGUUAUAAACCGCAGAAGUGUAGAUCUGCUCCUCUUCUCCAUGAAGGCAUUACUGAUGGAACAAAGGACUCAAGUUCCCAGAAUCCUCAAACUAACGUCCAGUAUAUAAAGAAAACCAAGCAUGCAGUCAGCAGCUGCCCAAUUGGCAAGAUGUGUACCCCUGGCCACUAUACACUGCCAAGAAGCCCAUCUCCUCUUCUCUCUGAGGGCGUGAUAGAAACAGAUAAAGGAGAAGGCAAUGUGUAUACAACCCAACAAGCACAUUCUACAAAUCCACUAGCGCCAAUGAAAGAACAAGUAUUUCAUGAGUAUCCACCCAUUGUUUGCUUGAAAAGAAUGCUGCCUUCUCCGCUACUUAAUAUGUUAUCCAUAAUUGCAGAAAAGGGACAAGAUACUGAUGAAAUAUUCAGCUAUGUACCAGAAGAAUUACACGUCUCCCUGAGGGAUAGGAUUUACAAUGAAGAACUGAUUAACUGGAAUGAGGAAUGUGUGCUCACUAUAGCUUCAGUUUUAAGGGAGUUCAUUGGAAAUAUAAAAGGAAGCUUACUUUCUUCAGAUUUAUAUGAAAAGUGGCUUAGUGUCCCUGAUCAGGACUCUCUGCUUGGAAAAAUUUCUGCUAUACAAAGUAUUCUACUGAAGAUGCCACAACAAAACUUCCUCUUGCUCAAACGUCUAAUUCGUGUGUUACUGAAGAUCAAAACCUCAUCCAAGAAUCAUCUAGACACCUACAUUUUAUCUGUCCGCAUAGCACCUCAUGUGCUGAUAGAUCCAAAUUAUAAAUUCUUAUUAUAUAAGAGUGACCACUCAAAAAAGCUUACUAUUAUACAAGUCAUGAUUGACAACUAUUUAGAAAUAUUUGGAAAUGAUGAGAGUUCAAUUUGCAAAGAAAAUCAAAAGAGUUCUGAUGACCUAAAGAUAUCACUAAAUACUGCUGGUAAGUCACCUGUUAUGGAAAAAGUCAUAGAUGUCCACAGUGGGAAAAGGUCAAAUGCCAAUAUUGCAGAAUUAAAUUUUCAUCUGCUCCUUCUCAGGAGGAAGGACUUACAUGAAGAUGAAAAGUUUAAGAUAAAAUUUAUCAUCCCACUGAAGUACUUGUGGGCCGUGGAUGAUGUGGACCUUGUCAGGAGAAAUGAAAUCUGUAGUUCCAAGACCCUUCUCCUGUUUUGGCCCCCUGAAAACUUUGUGGCCACCUUUCGACCCAUGAAUGAAGCCAAGAAGGGUAUCAAGAAAAAUUUCUCACUGCAGAUAUUCAGUGAGUACAUCCCAUACUGUGACAGUACACAAGAAGGCAAUGAGUUUACAAGCCAACAAGUACCUUCUCCAAGUCCAUUAGCAUCAAUAAAAGACCAAGUAUUUCAUAAAUUGCCACUCAUUGUUUGCUUGGACAGAAUGCUGCCUGCUCCUAUACUUGAUAUGAUAUCCAUAAUUGCAGAAAAGGGAUAAGAUUCAGAUCAAAUAUUCAGAUUCUUAUCAGAAAAAUCACACUGGUCCCUUAGGGAUAAGAUUAACACUGAAUAACAGAUUAACUGGAAUGAAGAAUCCAUGCUCAUUAUAGCUUUGGUUUUAAAGGAUUUUAUUAGCAAUAUACAAGGAAGCUUGCUUUCUUCUGAUUUAUAUGAAAAUUGGUUUAGUGUCCCAGAUGAAGAGUCUGUGCUUGGAAAAAUUUCUGCUAUAAAAUGUACUCUACUGAAGAUGCCAAAAGCAAACUACCUCUUGCUCAAACACUUUAUCUGUAUAUUAUUAAAAAUUAAAACCUCUUCCAAGAAUCAUCUAGACAUCUACAGCUUAUCUGUCUGCAUAGCCCCUCGUGUGCUGUGGGAUCCGACUUGAAAGAACUCAUUAUUUGAGAGUGACCUCUCAAAGAAGAUGACUAUUAUACAAAUCAUGAUUGACAACUAUUAAGAAAUAUUUGGAGAUGAUGAGAGUACAAUUUAUAAAGAAAAUCAAAGAGGUCUAAUGACAUACAGAUCUCACUAA